UCCCAGUUCAAAGAUGGCAGCCAUGGGACAGAGACGAGAGACGACACAAAUUUAGGACUUUUGUCAUGAAACAAAACUGGGUUGCGGAGCUGAUACCGCUAUUGUUUUGACAUAACAGUGAAUUAAACUGUCACCGCCAAUGUGUCGUCGUAGGAAUAGUUUAAAAGGGUUCAGAAAUAUGUUUUCCUGUGGGCUAAGCUAGCAAGCAGAGGUUAGCAAAUAAAUGAACUUGUCUCUUCUGCCACACAAGAAGGAAGCAGUUGCCUUUCAUACAGUCUAUUGGCAUCUUAUAAGCUCAAUUUCAUCAUGGCCAUCUCUCAGUUCCGUCUUUUUAAGAUCUGCACAUGCCUAGCCAGCUUUCUUUCUUUCUUUAAAAGGUUAAUAUGCAGGACUGGAAGGGGCCGCAAACUCAGUGGUGAUCAAAUAACUCUCCCAACAACAGUGGAUUUUUCAUCAUCUGUACCAAAACAGCCAGAGAUUGAGGAAUGGAGCUCUUGGGAUGAAGAGGCUCCUACAAGUAUUAAGAUUGAAGGUGGCAACGGCAAUGUCUCCCCUCCACCCAACGAUGUAGAUGAAGAGCCGGACUACUUCAAAGACAUGGCUCCCACCAUCAGAAAAACACAGAAGAUUGUGUUGAAGAAAAGGGAACCUUUGAACUAUCUGGUGCCUGAUGGCUCAGCAGGCUUCUCCAGCAGGUUGGCAGCCUCUCAGGAUAUGAUGACUUUCAUUCCCCCCUCAGCUGAACUGGGUGAAAUGGACACCUGGCAGGAGGACACAAAUGCCUGGGAGGAUGAGUCUGAUGCUGCCUGGGAGGCAGAGGAGGUGCUCAGACAACAGAAGAUGGCUGAGAGAGAGAAGCGCUUCAUGGAGCAGCAGAGGAAAAAGAUGGAGAAAGAAGCUCAGAGAAUGAUGAAGAAGGAGCAGAAAAUUGCCGUCAAGCUCUCAUAACAUUUUAAAGAGGCUCACUUUUGAGGAACAGGAAUUGGGGGUGGGGGAGGGGCAAAGAUGCUAGCUCUGUCUUUAAAGUCACCAAACCUACCAGGAUUCUUACUGUACACUACUCACAUGUUAGCAGAUUGUCCUCCUCCUUUUUUCCACCAGCAGCAUUUUAGUGUGUUUUCCAUCUGCAGCGGCAUAAAACAUGGCAAUGUUGAGGGCAGCGGGUAUUCUCACUCUUCAUGUGGCAGGGUCAUUUUGGUCUUUAAGGGAGAUUUUGUUUAUACCAUCCAGAUCAUUUUAGGUUAAAGGUCAGAAGUAGCUUUCUGAGAUUAUGAUUAAAUCUGCUGGAAAAUCUUCCAUUUUGGAUUUUCCAGGAACAUUUGUAAAUAAACCGGUACUUGUACUACCUGUUGAAACAUACACAGGGAGUACAUUUCUCUCUUUUUUUGUAAUUUUUACAACCUCAAAAGGCAAGGACGUCUAAUUUAUUUUAUGCAUCAUUGAAUACCAGUGAAAUCCCUUGGUUUGCUUGAUUUUUUAUUUUUUUUUUAAAUAUUUAUGUCUUUGUCUGACAACUGAUCUGUUCGCUGUUUCUUUUCUUUUCUUUUUUUUUUUUUAAUGAAUGAUGCUUUUAUAUUUCACAUUAUCUCCCUGUGCUGUAUGGCCCUUAUUUCGCUGGAAAUCUGCAUUAAAAUGAAGGCUGGAAA